AUGCAUAAGGGAAAAGUUCUUGUGGUGUCAAACCGUCUUCCAGUGACCAUCAAGAGGAAAGAUGAUGGUUCUUAUGAAUACUCGAUGUCCUCAGGAGGGUUGGUGACCGCCCUUCAAGGAUUAAAGAAGUCCACCGAGUUCCAAUGGUAUGGCUGGCCAGGCUUGGAGCUCCCCGAGGACGAGCAAGAAAGAGUCAAUGAGGACUUAAUGGAUCAGUUUAAGUGCUGUGCUAUCUUUUUAAGCGAUACCAUUGCUGACUUGCACUAUAAUGGCUUUUCCAACAGUAUAUUGUGGCCGUUGUUCCACUACCACCCUGGUGAGAUGAACUUCGAUGAAACCGCAUGGGCUGCUUACAUUGAGGCCAAUCGCCAAUUUGCCUCCAAAAUCGUGGAGCAGGUCGAUGAUGAUGACAUGAUUUGGGUCCACGAUUAUCACUUAAUGUUGUUGCCUCAAAUGUUGAGGGAGGAGUUGGCGAAGUCCCUGAAGCACCCUAAGAAUGUAAGAAUCGGUUUCUUCCUUCAUACACCUUUCCCAUCUUCGGAGAUUUACAGAAUUUUGCCUGUGAGAAGAGAGAUCGUCACUGGCGUGUUGAGCUGUGACUUGAUUGGCUUCCACACCUACGAUUACGCCCGUCAUUUCUUGUCCUCUGUAUCAAGGAUUGUUCCGAAUGUGAACACACUACCAAAUGGUGUUGAGUUUGAAGGUCGCUCAAUUCAGAUUGGUGCAUUUCCUAUCGGGAUCGAUGUCGAUAAAUUUACAGAAGGUGUUAAGAAGCCGGAUGUCGUCUCAAGAAUUGAGCAGUUGAAGCAGAAAUUCAAUGACGUCAAGGUUAUAGUUGGCGUUGAUCGUCUUGAUUACAUCAAGGGCGUACCUCAGAAGUUGCACGCUUUCGAAGUUUUCCUAACCGAAAACCCCGAGUGGAUUGGAAAAGUUGUUUUGGUACAGGUUGCGGUUCCUUCAAGAGGCGAUGUUGAAGAGUACCAGAGUCUAAGAGCAAAUGUUAACGAGCUCGUCGGAAGAAUUAACGGUAGAUUCGGUACAGUUGAGUUCGUUCCUAUUCACUACUUGCAUAAAUCGGUGCCGUUUGAUGAACUCAUAAGUCUCUACCGUGUGUCAGACGUCUGUUUGGUGAGCUCCACGCGUGACGGUAUGAACUUGGUCAGUUACGAAUACAUUGCAUGCCAACAGGAGAAAAACGGUGUUCUUAUAUUAUCGGAAUUUGCUGGUGCUGCUCAGUCACUCAACGGUGCUAUCAUUGUUAACCCAUGGAGUUCUGAGGAUAUGAGUGACGCAAUUAAGGAGAGUUUGACCCUUCCCGAGGAGAAGAAAGCCAUCAACUUUAAGAAGUUGUUUGACUACAUAUCCAAGUAUACCUCUGGGUACUGGGGUGAAAGCUUCGUUAAGCAAUUAGCGAAGUGUAACGCUGAGAAGAAACCUGGACCAUGGAACUGA